GCCAUCAAUUGACCGUCGAUUCUAUAACGUUAUAUAGGCCUAUCUGAUUAAAUAUAGUCAUACAAACCACUGCAACAGUGUGAAUUAUAUUAGUCUAUUCGUUUACAAAACUUAAAGGGCUAAAACAAAAUUUGAAACACGUUAACGACAAUUUUAUACAAACAAUCCUAAGCUACAUAACGCGCACGCAGAAAUGAGGAAGGAAAAUACUGUAGUCCGUCUUGUGUUCCUCGGUGCCGCGGGGGUUGGCAAGACGGCGCUAAUUCAACGUUUUCUGCAGGACAGCUUUAACCACAAGUAUAAGCGCACAGUUGAGGAGCUCCAUAGUAUAGAAUAUGACAUUGACGGUGCCAAGAUCCGCAUCGAGAUCAUGGAUACAAGUGGCAGCUAUUCUUUCCCGGCGAUGAAGAAGCUGUGCAUCCGUAACAGCGAUGCGUUCGCCUUGGUCUACUCCAUAGACAAUUCAGAGUCGUUCGAGGAGGUGCAGAGGCUGCGCGAAGAAAUACUGGACAUAAAAGAUAACGCUUUCGCCCCAAUCACCGUGGUGGGCAACAAACUGGACCUUUUGACCAAGCGAGAGGUGCCCAUCAAGGACAGCAUGUGCACCGUGGAGACAUACUGGAAUGCCAGCUUCCUGGAGACUUCGGCCAAAUGCGGCGUGAAUGUAACCGAGGUAUUCAGAGAGCUCCUGCAACAGGUUAACCUGCUCAGCCGCGUGAGCCCUGCGCUGCAAAGGCGCAUACAGACUAUCCCGAAAGACAGCGUCAGAGAAUCCAAGAAGCCGCCGAUGAAGAAGGCCAAUAGCUGCUCUAUCUCCUAACCGUAUAAUUCCAAGCCACUAUCCAGAGAUACCAGCUUUAAAGUAAGCUACAAAUAGGAGAACUACCUACUGAACUCAGAACACAUCCAGCACGCGCACUGGACUGCGUGUCAUCACAAAAAUCUACCUGAUUCACGCUUAGGCUACCGGUUAGGGUAGGGGUUCCCAAACUCUGGCCUGGGACCUUCUUUGUGUAUGCUGGUCUCAGUGUACAAGUUAAGGUAGUUAAUAACAAAUGUUUCAGUGUGAAAAAAUAUGAACAUUUUUGUAUAAAUAUUUGAGCAGCGUAGAAUGAAGUGAUGACUCAGUGGCUAUAUUAUUAUUAUUUUGUUUUUGUUAAUAUGAUUGUUGCCUAUUAUUCAGUAGUUUUGUGAGGCUGCUAUGAUUUAUGAGUGAAGGAAAAAGGUCCUUCAUUUCACCAUGAACCAGUCAAAAUACAAAUACAUUUUGUAUUCCACAUUCAGUGUGCCUUCUAAGUGCAAUUUGAUUUUGGUUUCUUGGAGCCAAAACAUCAUUUUCCAACAGUUAUGAUAUAUAAAAUAAAAUUUUAGAUUGAUGAAUAAUCAUGACUAAUGAUCAACAGUUUGUAACUUUUCAUUUUAAACACCCAACACGUAAUUGGGUUAAAAUUACUUUUUCCUUUAUUGGACAUUUUGAGUAUUUCAGUUUACAACACAAUACAGAGUUAUUUAUUAUUGUGUAAAAAACCAAACAAUGAGAACAAAGGACAAUGCUUGAUUACAAAUGUAUUUGAUUAAUUAAACAUACAUUUUACGA